CAGUGUAAAAAAUAGUGAUAACUUCCACCAGAAAGAUCGAGCACUGGGUAAAGACUAUGAUGAAGAAAUUAUUGGGACCUGCUUUGAAGUGUGGACUGAUAAUAGGAAUAAUCGGUCUUGCGGUCCACGUGCACAUUUGGAACUGGGGGGCACUGACGUCAGGACGCCGAGAACUUCAUGUAGCUGAACGGGACAACCGAUUACCAGGUGUAAUAAAUACAAAAAACAAUCGCCAGUCGCCAUAUUAUGUCAAAGACAAAAAAACGCAAGCCAGGUUCGCCAACGAUGACACAUUCUAUCUUGCGACUAAUAUAAUUAGCGGUGUCGGUCUUGGAAACUUCAUGUAUGGAUAUGCCUCUGUGGUUGGCGUAGCUAACAGCAGGGACAUGACAGUAGCUCUACAAGCAAACCAUCCUCUUAGACAAAUAUUCCAUCUGGAAGAAAAGGUUUUACCAGAUGCAAACAUGUUCAAAACAUUCGAAAGAGUAACUUCAGAAAAAUGUUCGAGGUAUGACAAAAUGUUUUUAGAAAUGCCUCGAAAUCGUAAUUACACAAUUGACAAUCUGUUGCAGUCGUGGAAGUAUUUUAGCCACGUGGAAUCAAAUAUUCGUCAUCAGUUAAGAUUUAAAGAUCACAUCAAGUCCGUUGCCGAGAAACGAAUUCGUGAAAUUCGUGAAAAAUACCAGUCAAAAAGUCAAGGGGAGAUAACCCUAAUAGGAGUUCAUAUAAGAAGAGGUGAUAAAGACUCCGAAUUGGCCAGAAAGACCGGAAAUUACGUCGCUCCGCCAGAAUACAUCAAAAACGCAAUGGCGUAUUUUGUGUCUAGGUUUUCAAACUGUGUUUUUGUUGUUUGUAGUGAUACGAUGACGUGGGUGGAAAAACAUGUAAAAACAAAUACAGGCAUGGAACUGAUAUCAGAAAGGAACUCUCCGGAAGUGGAUAUGGCCAUAUUGUCUCUAUGCAAUCACACUAUUAUGACAGUGGGGACAUUUGGAUGGUGGGGAGGCUAUUUAGCUGGAGGGACUGUGUUGUAUUAUAAAAAUCCGUAUGACGAAAAAGAUCAAUUCUGGAGUAAGGUAUUCAACAAGGCUGACUACUUCCCACCACACUGGAUACCCAUGUUGUGAAAUCUGAACACAGAAUUUAUUUGUUAUAUGCCAUUCACGUUUCCAUGCUUUCGUUCAUGUUUUCUAACUGUGUAGUCCAGUUAAACAAAACUGAAAUACUGUAGUUUCAAUGAGAGCGCCUAGACUGAAUGCUUUCGAUGCGUGCGUCUGAAAAAAACACAUACGGCCAGCCGCAAUGGAAUAACCGUAUAAGCUGUAUAUGUCCAAAAUGUAAGCCACAGACGCGUCAAUCAGUGGGACCGCACGCACGUGCCGCAUCCAAUCUGUAUGAGCCUUUAGUAGAGCAUUGGCCUGAGAUGUUUACUAAUCUGAAGUCUGAACGCAGCAUAAAAAGAUUAUAUUAUAAAACAUU